AUGGCGGAAGCUUACGCGUUGCCAACAAAAGGAGCAUCUUUGCUAUUAUCGUUUCGCCUCGCCUCUCAGACUGUCCUUAUUGUUGGUUCAAAUUCAUUGGCAGCUACCCGCGCCUUUGCCGCUCUCGAGGCAGACUCAGAUGUCAUCAUAUUGACCAAUGGUGGCCUACUAGCUGCAUGCAAUGAGCUGCAGUGGCGGGCUCAAAACAACCAGCUUCGGAUUUUGGAUCUGGAUGCGUUACCUUGCUCUUCUCAAGCUGCCAUCGAUAGGGAUGCAGAAGCACUUGGCGAACUCCUCUCUUCAUCCGACGGAAUUAGAUUGGUCUGCAUCACGGACACAAUGGCUGGGACGGCCUCACGUCGCAGUCGCUCGUCCGCACAGCUGAUUUCUCAAGCAUGUCGCUUUCGCAACAUACCGGUAAAUGUCACUGAUAUGCCGGACUUAUGCGACUUUACGUUUAUGUCCUCUCACCGAUUCCGUGAUCCGGAAACCGACGCUGCUUCACCUCUGCAAAUUGGGAUCACCGCUAAUGGCCACGGGUGUCGGCUGGCAAGUCGACUACGCCGAGACAUCGUCUCAAAACUACCCCGGGACGCGGGCUCUGCUGCUGUCAAUAUAAGGAAGCUGAAGGACCUCGCGAGAUCAUCAGACGGAGCAAUCGUUGAGGAUGUUGAAGGGGAGCUCAAUGAGGAGGCGGGGCCGUCGACACCGAAUCGGCCAGUUUCGCAAAGGAACGUCGAUGAGAGUGUGCAUGAACACGCAAAGAGGCGUAUGAAGUGGGUAGCACAGGUCAGCGAAUAUUGGCCAAUACAACAACUCGCGAAGAUGUCAGAUGGAGAUAUGAUCUCGGUGCUCGACGGGCGCAUAGGUCUCCCAGGCUCUUUAUCUACUGAGGCGGAUCGAACAACGUUGCGAUCGCCACAAAGCCACGGUGAUACAUAUUCUCUGCACUCGCUCUCCAUACAGCCAUCCCAGCGUCAUGGCAAAAUAUACCUCGUCGGGUCUGGACCAGGACAUCCAUCUCUGUUGACACUCGCGACGCACACGGCGCUCACCAAGCAUGCUGAUUUGGUGCUUUCUGACAAGCUAGUGCCAGCUGCUGUCCUGGCGCUUAUACCUCCAGGUAUCGAGAUUCGAAUUGCACGAAAAUUCCCUGGCAAUGCAGACGGCGCACAGUUCGAACUGAUGGAGGCCGCAAUAGAAGCCGCGAAGUGCGGUAAAACCGUCGUAAGGGGUGAUCCAUCUGUGUACGGCCGCGCCGGCGAGGAAAUCCUCUAUUUCCGAGGGCAUGGGUUCGAACCUAUAGUCGUGCCCGGCGUAAGCUCCGUGCUAGCGGGACCUACCUUUGCUGGGAUACCCGUCACGCAGCGUGGGGCUGCAGAAUCUUUCGUCGUCUGUACUGGCGUCGGGAGGCAAGGAAAAGAAGUGAGGUUGCCAGGAUAUGAGCGGAGUCGUACGCUAGUCAUUUUAAUGGGUGUUGCGAGAUUACCUCAAAUUCUGGAGACAUUGAAUGCGCAAGGAGAGCAGACUUCCAGGAGAAACGGUCCCGCAUAUCCCGCCCAUACACCCAUUGCGAUCAUUGAACGUGCUUCAAUGCCCGAUCAACGCGUCAUCUUCUCUACCUUGCAACAUAUAUUGUGCGCUUUAGAGAAUUCAGGGGAACAACGGCCGCCGGGUAUGAUGGUAGUGGGAUGGUCGGUUCUUUCGCUGUGGGAUAAGGGGGAUGUCAGUGUUCUCGAUGACGCGGCGGAGGCACAAGAUGAGGAACGUUUGCGUUCAUGGCUGGGGGAUCAUCGAUGGAGAAUUUUGGAUGGUCUAGAUUCAGGCUGGGAGGAGUGGCAAUAA